AUGAACAACCAAGGCGUGACUUAUGCGGAACUCCAUCAUGUUAAGGGCUCAAAAAGACAGCAAGUGCAACCUAAGGGCACGAAAAGUUCCAUUUCAGUAACUGAGGAAGAGAUAGCCUAUGCAGAAUUAAAUCUUCAAAAUGCCUCUCGGGCCCUUCAAGGGAAUGGCAAGAAGUCUCCCUGCAAAGAGAAGCUCAUUGCUGGGAUCCUGGGAAUCAUCUGUCUUGUCUUGAUGUCCACUGUGGUAAUACUAGCUGUUAAUCCCGGUACUGACACACCGGAGCAGAAUAAUUCUUCCCUGGAAACAAGGAUCCAGAAAGCACAUCACUGUGGUCGUCGUCCAGAAGAGUGGGUUACGUAUUGCAACAAUUGCUAUUACAUCAGCACUGAAAAAAAACCGUGGAAUGAGAGUUUGAUGUCCUGUGCUUCUAAAAACUCUAACCUGCUCUCCGUAGAUAAUGAAGAGGAUGUGUAUUUGUUGAAUUUAUUCAUUCCUACUUCAUGGAUUAGAGGUUGCCACAGAAGCAAUAAAAAUUCAUCUGUGUGGUCAAGAGGCUCAACUGUCUCUUCCAAAGUCUUCAUGGCAGACAUGCUUCCUGGAUUGGCGUGGGACAGAGCAGCUCCACAGUCCACUGGUGAGGAUAGAUCUCAGGCUGUGACCAGCAGGCAAGAAGAACCCACACCAGAGUGUUAG